AUGUCGAGCACAGCGGCGGCGGCGCCGCCCGCUGCGGCGUCCUCGCGGCACCCGUGGCUGCGGGUCGCGGCGCUGAUCGGCGCGGGGGCACUGGUGGCGCUGGAGCUGCUGCUGCGGCGCCGCCGGCAACGGGCGCCGCCGGCAGGCCUGCCCGGCGCCGCGGCGCGGGCGCCGCCAGCAGGCCUGCUCCGAGCGUUGAGACGCCGGGAGUGCGUGGCCGCCUUGGGCCCGGAGUUCCCUGCGCCCGCACUGCCGGGCUCGUCGCUGCAGGGCCUCCUGAUCGAGGCCGUGCGGGGGGCGAUGGCGUCACCCGGCGGGGGGGGGCGCGAGCCGCUGGAGGCUGGCGCCGCGGCGGCAGUGCUGGCGAGGCUGAGCGCCGCGGGCCUCCCGCUGUCCGACGCGGAGCUCCUCGUGGGCGACGCCUGCGCCGCCGUGGGGCGGCGGCGCCUCUGGCGCGGGGCGGCGGCCGCGCAGCGGCGGCUGCGGGCAGGCGGCACGAUGUCGAGGCGGGUCCAGGCUGCGGUGGCGGACUGCCUCGGCGCGGUCGAGGCGGUGCCCUUCGCCGCUGUCCUGGCGUCGUCGUGGGGCCCGGAGGCGCAAGAGCGCUUCCCCUGCACGUCGGGCGCAACUUCGGCGGCUUCGCCACGGUGCUGA